GUGAAAACUUUUAGCAUUGAAUAAGUUUUUUUUUUCUCUUGCUUCUGUCUUUCUGUCUUGAAAUCGAAACAAGCGAAACCGAAAGAGAAAAAAGCGACCAAAUUAGUCGGCCAACCAGCAUUGUACCGAAUUUCUUAUGUUUUUGACUUUAACAAAAUUGUUGCUAAAAUUUGAAAUAAUCGUUUGAUAUUGUGCAUAGUUAGAAAAUAUGUCUGUAUAUUGAAUAUCUGAUGGUAUAAUCACAACAAAAAAGAAAUAUCGUUGCUAAAUACAAUGAAAAAAAAUCCGUAAUUCAAAACACAAACACUACAAAAUCAACAAAGUCUACAACGAUCAGCCAAUUGUCAAAAAGUGGAAGCCAAUUUAUUAGAAUGACAUGAGCGCUUACAUCGUCCAAUAAAGUAAUAGUAAAAAUUAAAGCAGACAAAAAAUACAAAAAAACGUUGAACGUUCCUUUAGAUAAAAAUUAACAGAAGACAACAGUAGAGUUUAUAGACUGAUUUUUUAUAAUAUUAAGUACGGGAUUACACAUUUUGGAUAAAACAAUACUUGCUUGAUAUAGGUGACUGGUGCGAAAUUACAAAUGAACAAAUCUAUGAYUUUUUAGUUCAAGUGCAUAGAAUACAGUGCACAACAAGAAAUUUUCAUCAAAUGUUUGGGACAACUAUCAGACUAAUCUUUCCAUAGUACUAUUCGAUCAAAUUAGUGAGCAUAUAGGAGCUAAAAUGGGUAAACGUAUGGCAGUCGUCGAGGCGAAGCAUUCAUUGCAAGCCACUCGCACUAUACGCAAACGUAAGCGAAAUUCUUCUUUAGCAGCUAUUGAUUCCGAAAUGAUCACGACAACAGCCAAGACAACGAGAGGAAGUCAUAACUAUUGGCACGAAAAUGAUGACGAAGAUUCAUCUUCAAAUGAAGCCACAAAUGUAACACCAGUGAUUAGAAAUCCAUCUACAAAGCAUGCCAACAAUUCGUCAAUUCUUCUGAGCGCAAAUACGUCACUGAAUGAAUCCCCAAAACCAGUGUAUACAUUAUUACCAUCCAUUGUUAAUGGGACUAUUAUGUACGACYUAAUGCAGAAACCUUGGCGGCUUGGUAAACCUAUUGGCAAAGGAAAUUUUGGAGAAAUAUUUUUAGCUUCAGAUAAUACUUCCAUUCCGGUUACUAAUGAAAAUGCAAAGUUUGUUGUAAAAAUUGAACCACAUUCAAAUGGACCCUUGUUUGUAGAAAUUCAUUGUUUGAUGAACACUGCCAAAAACGAAUAUAGCCACAUAAAAACUGAAACUGAUAAAAACAAUAGACAAGAUUAUACGGCGCCACUAAUGCCACAUCUACCAACGGGUAUACCUAAAUAUAUUGCAUCAGGCUCUCAUUAUUUUGGAGAUGCACGUUACCGUUUCCUGGUUUUGCAGCGUUUUGAUCGCGAUUUGCACUCAUUGAUAAAAAAUUGUCGUGUCCAUCAAAAAUGCGUGUUAACUCUAGCUAUACAGAUUGUAGAUGUUUUAGAAAAAUUGCACGACAAGGGAUACUGCCAUAAUGAUGUAAAGGCACAAAAUCUUAUGAUUUCCAAAUGCAAGUAUUAUAAAAAACAAACGGCAACUGCUCCAGUUACCACAGGCAAAAGCAAAUCGUCCCGUUCUUCAAUUGUAAAGUCUUCAAGCUAUGAUGAACAUUACGAAGAAAAGCAACAAACAACUGAUAGUGGAAAUAGUUCUGAGCAAGAAGUAAACGAUGAUGAAGAGGAUGAAGAUUUCAUUAUUAAACGAAAUAAAUUUGUUGACGAAUAUGAAGAUGAGGACUUUGAUGAUGGCGCUACUACCAACAGUAAUAACAGUAACAGUGUAGAUCUUUAUGAAACACCACUAAAUCGUAAUCGCAAACGUCGUCCACGAAACAAUAUUGAAUUUAGUGGUUCCAAUCCGGUACGCUCAUGUCGCCGACAAAAAAGAAAUUCCAUAUAUGAAGAGAUGGUGAAGUCUCAUUAUUUACGUCCUGCAAAACGUAUUAGUUACUCAGAAUUCUUUAAUGAAGAUACUACUUCCAUAAAAGAUGAACCAUUGGAAUCGAAAUCUGUGACAACAGAUGAUGAUUUCGAAGAAUUUUUACCAAGGUCUGCACGUCGUUCCGGUACAAUAAAGAAGUCGARUCAUGCUUCAAAUUCCUGCUUACCAACAACACGGUUAACACGACGUCAAGAGAAAAUUUUUAAUAAGUUAAACGCUAAUAAGCAUUUACAAAAAACUAACUGCGAUAAUUCGCCAUCCACAGCUGUCGCAGAAUCGCUUGUAAUCGUUGAGGAAGAACGUAUCUUCCUUAUAGAUUUCGGGUUGGCUUCCAAAUUUAUGGAUAAUGGGGUACAUCGUCCAUUCGUAAUGGAUCAACGCCGAGCACACGAUGGUACUUUAGAAUUUACCUCACGAGACGCUCAUAUGGGUGCCCAUUCCCGUCGUAGUGAUCUAGAAUGUUUAGGUUAUAACUUAAUGUUCUGGUCUCAAGGCUAUUUGCCAUGGAAAGAUGCAGCAAUUCAGCAUCAACAGGAGAAGGUACAUCGUGCAAAGGAAUACCUAAUGACCGAUGUGCGCGAAAUGUUAAAACAAAUUUAUGGCAAACAGGUUCCUAAAUAUUUGGGCGAAUUUCUACAUCAAGUCAGCCAAUUAGCCUACCACGACCGACCGGAUUAUGGACGAUACCGCCGCUUAUUCCAACGUGAAUUUCAGCAGCUUGGCUAUUCACUUGCAGAAUUGCACUUAGACAGCAAGGAAAUAGUGCGCACUUGUGUACGUGUUAAAGAGGAAAUUGAGAACAAAAACGAUAUAUUCGAAAUGAAUAAACUCAACGGCAAUGCAGUAUGGAGUAUUAUGAGCAACCUUACAGUGGGCACACCAUUCCAUGAGCGUACUCUCUCCAAUAGGGUGUCGCCGAAAAACUUGAGGUCCAAAUCUGACAAAAAAUCUAUGAAAAAGAAAAAGUUUUCAUGGGCGGAAAUUCUCUCACAAGAUCCUGACCAGAUUGCCCGCGAACGUGCCGAAAAAGAAUUCGAUCGCGAGGAGGAACUUAGUGAAGUGCAACAACCAAUAGUGCGUCGUUACGAAGGAAAGCCAACAUAUGCUAUUUUAGAGAUUGAAAAUCGCCUAAGGUUAAGCGGCAGAUUUUCAGAAGAUAACAGAGAUUCACAUCGGAGAAGCGCUGCUAAUCAAACCGACGAAGAGGAUGAAAAUGAUGAGGAACAGGAUGAGGAAGAAAUGGAAGUAGACGACACGGAGGAUAUGGGGGAUAACGACAGAGAUUGUGACGACGAUGAAGAUGACAUAGAAACGGACGCUACAGACACCAUGGACCAUGUGCCUAAUGGUGGACAUAACACACGCGCACAUAAUACACGAUCAACUAGAAGAAAAGAUUAUGUACAAUUUUUAGAAACAGAUGGUCGAAUUCAGAGUUCUACCAAGCAACGUUCAAUCAAUUCGACAAAAUCUGCUUUUAAAACAGCAGCAGCCACAUCCAAAUCGGUUCAUGUUGCAAAUAAAGUGACUAUGAAAUCUAGUAGCAAACGGAGUAGUACUGCCGGUCGUAGUAAUCGUAAAGGUUACAACAAUGAAGGAACUCAAGUAAAUAGCAACAGUGUAGGUGGUACGGGAAGGCCGGAACGACGAACUCGUCGUUGCUUAAUUGAGACUGAAACAGAGAUGAAUGAUCUGAUCGAUCAACAGGAAAGUAAUUCAAAUUUUAAUCCAGAUGUUUGUAGUUUAUUCAACGUUUGGAAAAAGAUCAAUAAUGAAAACAUCUACUAUCGAGGCAACAACGCCGCAGCAGCGGCAUCGACACGACAGUGUAAAAAGUGAACAAUGUAAACAUGCAGAAGUUUCUACCGAGACUGUUCAAUACUUCUAAAUUUUUCACCGCUUUCAAUUAUGUUAGUAAAAAUUUUGCUAAACAUUGGUUUGAAAUGCAUAAAUAACGUAGAAUAAAGUAGCGUAGUACAGCAAACCCUUUUGACAAGAGAAGAGAGUAAAUAAAUAUUGUAAGUAGUGGUAAUGUUUACAUUUUUGUUAUUUACCAACAACUCAAUGUGCAAAGA